AAAACAGAUUAAAAGAAAAAUCUUCAAGUUUGGAUUAAGAAAAAUAUGGCGCCUAAAGUUGCAGAGAAGAAGGUGGCAUCUAAAAUGCCAGCAGGAAAAUCACCUUUGGAUAGAAAAGAAGCAGGAAAAAGAUCAUCGGACAGGAAGAGAAAAAUGAGAUCACGUAAGGAAACGUAUUCAUCAUAUAUUUACAAAGUGCUUAAACAAGUUCAUCCUGAUACGGGUAUAUCAAAUAGAGCAAUGUCAAUUCUUAAUAGCUUUGUAAAUGAUAUUUUUGAACGUAUUGCUUUUGAGGCAUCUAAACUUGCUACUUACAAUAAAAAAUCUACUAUUUCUUCACGUGAAAUUCAGACAUCCGUUCGUUUGAUACUUCCGGGUGAACUUGCGAAACAUGCUGUAUCUGAAGGAACAAAGGCUGUAACAAAAUAUUCAUCAUCUAGCAAGUAGAAAUAAGAAGAUUAGUUUGCAGCGUAUGCCGCAGUUCAUGUGCUUUAAAAC